AAGGGACUCCCGGCCGAGUGAGCCCUGCCAGGCCUCAGGGUUCAGCCCCGACCUCAGACACGUGCCUUCAGGGCCCCUAAUUUGUGAGGAGCCCCUUGGGAGUCAUUGUGGGGAGACCGUUAGCUGAGUGGGGUGCCAGCCUCUCACCCCCAACCCCUUCCUCCCAUCCUGAGUCGCUCUAACAUGUCUGUCUUGCACCUUGGAUUUUCUUUUACUGUUCCCUUUCAGAAAGGGAUUUGUCAGCUAAAACAAAAUUUUAAAUUCCAAACCCCUCUACCAACCCAACUAUGAAGUGGGCUAAUAGAAGCACUUGGGACCGUUUUGAGGGUGAGAUGAAUGAAUACAUGGAAAACACUUUGCAUUUAAAGACAUGUGAGAUGUCGAUGUUACCACAGUGGGGGAAGUACAGCCUCCAGAGGGGAGGGGCCGGCUGGCAACUCCGCAGGGAGAUGGUGGCCCAGCCAGGUCCUCUGGACCCUGUUGAGACAGGCAGGAAUCCUGUGGCCAGAUGACCUCAGGGCCUUUGCUGCCGGCUUUGUGGCAAAGAUGGGAGUUUGGAGGGUGUUUGCUCCUCUCUGCGGCUCCUCAGGCGCCUGGUUCUCCUCGUCCAGUUUCUAGCACAGGCCUGUACACAGUAAACGUGUCCGGGAAAGCACAGGCAGGCAGGAAGGACGCAGCUGAUGCGGCAUCUUUUCCACGUGCUGAGCAGCAGGCCAGAACAGCUUGUGAGCCCAGAGGUGCUGGGUUUGCAGGGAGGAGUCUGGGCUCCCACAAGGACACCUUGGAGCAGCUCAGCCCCUCGUACCUGCGCCGGGCUCAGUAUUUCAAAGCUCUGUGUCAUCUGAAGCUCGUGUGGUGGCAGAGGUGCGACUCUCAUUUCACAGAAACAGAGUUGGUGCAAAUCUGCCUGUACUGGCAGCAGCUGGCCGAGUGCUUUCGGGCUGGGAAACUCCACAGAGGUGAAGAAUUAACAUUAACGAGGACCAAAGCCAAGCUCCCCGCUGCCCUUCAAGGCCUGGUGGACCAGCCUCCGCCAAUCUCUCUGGCCUCAUCUGACCGCUUGGCCCACGGCUGCCUCAGGGGCAUCGUGGGCUUGCCUGCCUGCGCAGAUGCCUCCCCGGGGGACGUGGCACUGAGCCUGGCCCCGCACACGAGCUUCAGGCCGUCCACGCGUCCCCCAUCUGUGGUCCCCUCUGGGACUGGGACCGGUUUCGUGGAAGACAGUUUUUCCACGGUGAGGGGGGCACGGAUGGUUCAGGCGGUGAUGCGAGCCACGGGGAACGAUGGGGAGCGGCAGGUGAAGGUUCGCUCGCCCGCCCGCCCGCCGCUCACCUCCUGCUGUGCCGCCCGGCUAACAGGCUGCCCACCGGGCCCCGGGUACUGGGAGACCUGCUCACCCAUCGCAGUCACGGCUGCCCGGAGCAGCGAGCUGGGUGAGGGCCUCCUUGAGCGCGGAAGCUGUCAGCCCGGCCCCCAGGGCCGCUCGCCCAGGCUCAUCACACAGGUGGGCACAGCCCAGGUGCCUGACGGUUCUGGCUUCAGGGUCACGGCCUCGCCAUCGGAGCCCCCAUGGGACACCCAGGAGCUCUGA